GGUGGGGAGUGCUGGGCUGAAGAGGACUCUGAUGGGGACAGCGACUGUGAGGAGUUCAUGUACGGAAUACAGGGGCAUUUUGCUUCGGACCUGUACCGUCACCCUCAGCUGGAUGCAGACAUUGGGGCCGUGAGGGACAUCUACACAGACCGAGCCGUGUCUGUGAGGGAGUAUGGCCCCAUCGAUGAUGUGGACGUUGACUUGCAGAUCAAUAUCGGCUUCUUGGAUGAGGUUGCCAAUGCCUGGAAGGUCGUCCGGACCGAGCCGAUUAUUUUGCGGCUUCGAUUCUCCCUCUCCCAGUACCUGGAUGGGCCAGAGCCUACAGUGGAGGUGUUUCAGCCAUCCAGCAAAGAUGGCUUUGGACUUGGAGUGCAGCUGAAAAAAAUCCUGUGCUCGUUCGUGUCCGAGCAGUGGCGGCACCUGAGCAAUGAUCUGAUUCGUACGCAGCAGAAGAAGCGGCACAGCUGGUUCAAGGCCGGAGGCACCAUCAAGAAGUUCCGUGCUGGGCUUAGCAUCUUCUCACCUGUGGCCAAGUCCCCAUGUGUGCCUCUGAUUCAGGGGCCCGUACCCAAGGGCCCGCUGAGGCCCCCGGAGCUCCGCGUCGCUCGCCUCAUCAGCCGCUCCGGCCCCUGCAGCAUGAAGGGCCCCAAAGGAGAACUCUAUACCUACAACCCAAGUGGACAGAGUGUGCCGGUGGCAGGGCCACGACCAGCAGUGCAGAUCAGCACCAAGCAGCUGAUUGAGCUCUUCUUCUCCUCCCAAGCCCUCAUCCACUGCAAGAGCAUCCCCACACUGGAGUAUGGUUUCCUGGUGCAGAUCAUGAAGUACUCUGAGCAGAGGAUUCCUACUCUAAAUGAGUAUUGUGUGGUGUGUGACGAACAGCAUGUCUUUCAGAAUGGCUCCAUGCUCAAGCCUGCCGUAUGUACCAGGGAGCUCUGCGUAUUCUCCUUCUACACCUUGGGGGUGAUGUCUGGAGCUGUAGAGGAAGUAGCCACAGGAGCAGAGGUGGUGGACCUGCUGGUGGCUAUGUGCAGAGCUGCGCUGGAGUCGGCCAGGAAAAGCAUCAUCUUUGAUCCCUACCCCUCUGUGGUUGACCCCACUGACCCCAAAAGUCUGGCCUUUAACCCCAAGAAGAGGAGCUAUGAGCGACUGCAGAAAGCUCUGGACAGUGUCAUGUCUAUUCGCGAAAUGACUCAGGGCUCGUACUUGGAAAUCAAGAGACAGAUGGACAAGAUCGAUCCUUUAGCCCACCCACUCCUGCAGUGGAUCAUAUCCAGCAACAGGUCCCAUAUAGUCAAGCUGCCUCCAAGCAGGCAACUGAAGUUUAUGCACACUCCCCACCAGUUUCUGCUGCUCAGCAGUCCCCCCGCCAAAGAGGCUCGCUUCCGCGCCGCUCGCAAGCUCUACGGCAGCACCUUUGCCUUCCAUGGGUCCCACAUAGAGAACUGGCAUUCCAUCCUGAGAAAUGGACUCGUGAACGCCUCUUACACCAAGCUCCAGCUGCAUGGGGCAGCCUAUGGGAAAGGUAUCUACCUCAGCCCAAUCUCAAGCAUCUCCUUUGGAUACUCAGGCAUGGGGAAAGGACAGCACCACAUGCCCUCCAAGGAAGAACUGGUCCAGCGGUACAAUCGCAUGAACACCAUGGCACAGGCUCGAUUGGUUCAGUCCAGAUUUCUCCAGAGUCGCAACUUAAACUGCAUUGCUCUCUGUGAAGUGAUAACCUCUAAGGAUCUGCAGAAGCAUGGCAAUAUCUGGGUGUGUCCAGUGUCUGACCACGUCUGCACACGCUUCUUUUUUGUGUACGAGGACGGCCAGGUGGGGGACGCCAACAUCAACACCCAGGACACACACGUCCAGCGCGAGAUCAUGAGCGUGAUCGGAACGCACCCCAGCUCCCGACAUUCCGAAGGACUAUGAAGGAUGGAGAUAUUCCGCAGUUGUCAUUGGUCCGUGCGAAAGAGACGGGAAUGCUCUUUUACUCAGCCUAUGUGACUGACGUGUGUGUGUUACAGUAUGUUGCAUCUCGCUGUUAGAGUAGUGGAGUGUCUACACCACUGGAGGGCGCCAUUUGGGCAUGAUUGAGGACAUGCAGCCAGCGUGUGGAGUCUGCCCCGACUAGCGGCCCAGAGGAAACAGGGCUCCUGAAUGGCGUGUCACAUGUACAGACAGGCAGCAUGUGUGUGGAUUAAUCUUCACCCUGUCACAGUCAUGGAUUCACCUCUGCUUUCAGUGUGCUCAAGUCCCUCCCUGUAUAACUCUCAUGUGAUGCACAGUAACCACGGUAACCCUGCUCAGCAGUCACAGAGUCCACACUUUCUGUAGAAUAAUC